GGUAUCUCCUCAUGCCAGACCCCUCCUUCCGCUUUUCAUCCCCUUGUUGGUGAUAUGUUGCGCGGACAGGAUGGUGAUAUUACAUCUUCAUUCUCUCCAUGCCCACCUCAUCAAAGAUCAUUCCCUCUCGGAGUCUAAGGAAAAAGAUCGCAUAGCCGGUUUUAACACCCAACGUCCAUUCUAGCUCUCAAUAGUCUUUGGAAGAAGGCUGUUCGAUUGCACACUUUGCUUUUAACCUAUCAAAUCCGUUGGCUCGCCCUGGGGCGGUGCCAAUUCUAAAAUCGGAGACCAUGGGGAUGUCAAAAUCCCACCGGAUCAUUCUCCUCCUCAUAAUCGAUUCCCUAUUCUUCCUCCUUGAACUAGUCGUUGGUUAUUCCGUCCAUUCGCUAGCCUUGGUUGCAGAUUCGUUUCAUAUGCUCAAUGAUGUAUUAUCACUCUGUGUCGGACUCUGGGCUGUCAAAGUCGCAAAUGAGAGAACCAGCUCGAAAGUGUAUACCUAUGGGUGGCAACGGGCCGAAACUCUUGGUGCGCUUGUCAAUGGCGUGUUCCUCGUCGCAUUAUGUCUUUCCAUCUUUCUUGAAGCUAUCCAACGAUUCGUCGAGCCGCAAGUAGUGAGGAACCCGAAGCUCGUGUUUGUCGUCGGCUGCUGCGGUCUGAUGUCGAAUAUUCUUGGAUUGGUGCUUUUCCAUGACCACUCGCAUGCCCACAGUGGAGGAACGGAGGCAGUCGAUACGGCGGAGCAGGGUUACAUUCAGGAGCCGGGUACGGGGGUAAUAGCGGACGAAUCGGCGGCCGUGGCGAGCGCAGCACCAGAAAAUGGAAUAUCGAGAUUGUCUGCCGAAGAACGGGGUGCUACGGAGAACAACACGUCUACUCCUGGUGCAAGCAGGUGGAGCGAAUCUGAUGCCAACAAACGCCGCAACUCCCGUCGGUUUAGUGCGUCAGUCCAAUGGCCUUUCCGUGAUUCGGAAGAUAUUCAAAUCCACCCAGCCAUUUUGCGUCGGGAUAUCAUUGAGGCCAGUCGAUUUGACGGGUCGGACGCGGAAUAUCCUUUAAAUGGCCCUCGGCCAUCGGAACAAACGGAUUUAUUGAGUGACUACGAUGGCACACCAUAUACUCAUCUAAACGGUCAAGAACAAGUUCGAAUUCUACCCAAAGUCGAUAGCCACCAGGACUUGCACGGCGAGCACAACCACGCCAAACCGAAAACACACGAUGUGAAGGGUGGCCAUUCUCAUUCGCAUGGCGACCUAAACAUGCGAGGCGUUUUCCUCCACGUAGUUGGCGACGCCCUGGGAAACGUUGGUGUGAUCAUCUCCGCCCUCGUAAUCUGGCUCACCGAUUACUCCUGGCGUUAUUACGUAGACCCGGGCAUCUCGCUCUUGAUCACCUUCAUAAUCCUCUGCUCCGCCAUCCCGCUCUGCAAAGCCGCGUCACGCAUCCUCCUCCAGGCCGUUCCCCCCGACCUCAGCAUCGACCACAUCAUCGAAGACAUCCAGAGCCUGCCCGGCAUCAUCAGCUGUCACCACCUGCAUGUCUGGCAGCUCAGCGAUACGCAACUCGUCUGCUCGCUGCACAUCCAAGUCAGUCAUGAUGUCAAGGGCGAAGGGUCCGAUCGAUACAUGGAGCUUGCACGCCAGGUGCGCAGAUGUCUGCACGCAUAUGGCAUUCACUCAUCAACUAUCCAGCCGGAGUUCUAUCCGGACAGCGACGCUGAUGAUGCGGCUGGUGGCUCGGCGACGACGUCGAAUUCUCCCAAGGGAGGAGCAAAGCGCUGUCAUGGGUCAAAUACUGUUGACCCUAACUGCCUGCUUGAGUGUGGGGUCGAGUGCGCCGAUGGACAACAGUGUUGCCCCGGUGGCAAAUGAUGUUCCCACCUUUCUCUCCUCUCAACUCUCUCGGUAGAAUGCUUUAGUUGCCUUAUUAGAAGACUUGUCUUCUUACAUUUUUGACGUUUUGGGUAGAUUGGUAAUUCUUGAACAUUGCUCAGGCGCCGUUCGAUACACAGUUCCUUACGCCAUUUACGACGUAGGAAUACUUUGGAUUCGUGAAUGUUUUUGAACCUCUUUUUCUUUUUCUUAUCUACUGUUUACUACGUAUUAUUUUGGCAUAAAUGAUUAAUUGGUUUUAAUUGAGAAACAAUAUCUAAUUACCUUCUAUAUCUACAUGGUCGUUUCGAUUCAAAAUGCAUCCUGGCGGACUCUUAUUGUUUGCUAUAAAGCCAUGAGCUUUAGUAAGUAGUAACAUCCUAUAGAAUGUUCAUUUUGAGCUUUCUUC